AACAAACUUGUCUCACUGCGUGCUCAGAUUGGUGUUUGCACGCUCAGGUCUGUGGCAUAAAUGAUUAUGUGUCGAACAUCAAAGACAUGGAGUCUUUCAUCAUAUUUCUGAGUCUCUGUCUGAUGGUAUUAUCGACCACUUCAGCAGGGAAGAACAUCUCCACUGUAAUUGGGAAGAAUGUCACUCUGCCAUGUGAGGCAAAGGGGCACCUGCCUUUUGAUAUCCUGGAGUGGAGCAAACCAGGAACAAACACUGAAUUUGUCCUCAUUUACAGAAAUCAGACCUCAGGUAUUAGUGUCCUAAAGCAAUGCUACGCAGGUCGGGUAGAACUUGGGGACAUAAAUAUUGGAAACCUUUCUCUGAUUCUGAGGAACGUGAAGGCUGAGGACAGUGGAACAUAUGAGUGUUAUGUUCUGAAAGAAAGAAACCGCAAGAAGAGAAAAAUUCUUCAACCAAUCAGCAUUAUCUACCUGGAUGUUCUUCCUCCCCCUCUGUCAAGUAGAGGACACAUCGGACUGAUGGUUGUUGCUUCAAUGAUUGCUAUAGCCGCUAUGUUAGUCUCAAAGAAGUGGAUUUUUUCGUAGUAAAAAACUCUAAUACCAUAUCCCAUUUAAAACGCCCAGAUAAAUAUGUUGAUAAAUGUAGCAAUGUAGCUUAAAACUAUUACUGAAGCUAUAAAAUACUGAGGCACUUGGAAAAACCCAUACCUCCUACGUUUAGCUGUAAACUGAUUGUAUGGCAUUUUUAUAUUCUGUUAAAUGAGGAAGUUGGGCUCAAAAAAUGUCAGCGAGCGUCCGGCAAAGAUUGAGCCCGAACACGGUCAUCUCCUGCUUCUUCUACCUCAUGCGUCUAUGUGUUGCAUCAGGUGGAUGCUUUGAUGUCCGUAUCAGAAACUGACACACCAUCAAUGCCCUGACAUAUAUGCAUCUUGCCUCUAUGCCCAAGGAUUACAGAUAUAUCUCCUCUAUCAGUCCGGCUCCAAGAUGUGCCCAUAUCCUGUAUAUUUUUAAAGACACAAAGGCUGUCCUGAUUAGAUGACCUCACAGUGACAUCCACAAUGUGAAGGAAGGCCUUUUACUCUGUCUAAUCUGGCUAACAGAAUAACAAUGCACAUGAUGUAUAAAGAAUAAACCUAACAAUUCGUUAUAUAAACUUGUAUGUUUUGUCAGAGUUGUAUUUAUUUUAUAACUUCUGUUUGUAAGAGUUUUCUUAUUAUUCUGAUUAAAACGUUGCUCCUUUUCUAAACUC